UGGAAUAAGGAUGUAAUAUUUAUAGGAUGACAAUUCAGUAUCAAACUUUUAAUUUAUCUGCCAGACGAUAAAUCAGACAUAACUGCAGCAGCAGUAAAUGCGCAGGAAUGGCUGUGUCGGUGUAUAAAGUGGCCAUUUUGUUGGUUUUGCUGAUUAGUCCAGUGACAGGAUUGAGAAAUAAUAAAUUUAUCAAAGAUAUGAUAUAUGACGUAAUGAUUAAAACACAGAAAGACCAAGGAUGUCAACUGAAAGCUAACAGAACUGUAAUAGAAUGGUGUACAAUACCAACAGGAUUAAAUACCACUGAAUUACAAGAUGAUUUCGUAUCAUUUCCUCAAAAUACAAAAUGUGCUCUGAAGAUGGACAACUCUUCAGUUGUAUGUAAAGGUUGUUAUGAAAACAGAUGGUACGAAACGUCUUGUGAUAAUGACCCAUAUGUUCAUAGACAGAAAAGAUUUAUCGGGUGGCUCAUAGGUCUUUUGGCUUUUGUUCUCUGUUUGAUUUUUUGCAGUGAAGAUAGUGAAAAUGAAGUAGUUGAACCUUAUCGUCCACCAAGUAUAAGCUGUACUGCACCUUCCGAAAAACGUGUCUAUGCAACUAAAGGUUCCACUAGUUCAGUAGUUAAGUGGCCAAAACCAACUGGUAAAGAUGGAAAAGGAAAUACACUAAGGCCUAAACGGACAGACGGUAUUAAGGGAGAUUCCGGUAAAUCUUUUAAACGAGGUCAUCAUAUGAUAGCUUAUACUGUUACAGACUCCCACGGAUCUGAAGCUCACUGUUCAUUUUCAUUUGAAGUAGCUGUUCAUGUGUGUCAGUCAGUAACCCGGCCAACAAAUGGAAGAAAAGAUUGUGAUGGUGUAGAAAUGAUUUGGGGAAAAUCCUGUACUAUAAGUUGUAAUUCUGGGUAUGAAUUACAAGGUAGCCAGCGUGUUACAUGUCAAAAGAAUGGAAGAUAUGAUGCUUCGAUCCCGACAUGUAAAGCUAAGAGAUGUCCAGAAUUAAGCGGAUACAAGUGCCCCGAAGGUAGAAAUUAUAAAAGUGUAUGUACAAGGACAUGCAAAAAAGGCUACCGUGCAACUUCACCAUCAUAUACGAAAUGUACAGAGUCGGGUAAAUGGACAACUCCUCUACCUGUGUGUAAAGAUUUUGAGAAACCUGUAUUUCAUAACUGUCCUGUUAAAAAACUUGUCACAGUUUAUGCAGACCCGGGUUUAACAUCAGCAGCAUUCACAUAUGGACCGCUAUAUGUAACAGAUAAUUCAGGAACGGUAAAUCUAGAGUUAGUUCAAGGCUUACCUUCCGGGUCACGUUUUGAAGAAGGCGCUCAUGUCAUUGAAUUUAAUGCUACAGAUGGUGAUGGAAAUAUAAACCGCUGUUUCUUUACAGUAUCAGUUCAAGUCUUAAAGUGCGCGGUUCCUGACUACAAUGAUGAAUAUAUGGACAUCGAGUGUUCGACCGGGUUUUCAUUAGAAUCACAAUGUUCCAUUGGUUGUAGAUAUGGACUACCUUUAGUCGGACCAAACAAAAUAACAUGUAAAAAAGAUGAUUCAGAUCCACCUAAAAUGUCUUGGGAUUUUAGCCUUGAUACUCAGCCAUUUUGUAAAAAAUCACCAUGUAAAAGUUUAACGGCUCCGUUGAAUGGUGCAUUAGUCUGUGAUAGCUGGUUUUCUGGUACAUUUUGUAAUAUGAUGUGUAAUUCAAAUUACGAUAUACCAAGGUCUUUGCAUAUUACCCGUUUCAUUUGCGGAACUAACUCAGGAAAGUGGAAUCCCACAGAUGAAGUUCCUGAUUGUACAGAAGCCAGACGACCCGGGAGAAUGGUUCUUCCUUCUGAGUUUUAUUAUUUUGAUGGAGAUUGUACAACAAGCACUGACGUUAUUAAGAACAAUUUUAUUCAAGCACUACAAAACUCAACAAUAUGGACACAAGCUUGUCCUGUUCCAGAGGAUUGUACAGUAGAAAAUGUAGUUGUCAAGUGCGGUCCCACAUCUGGCCGGAAAAAAAGGAAUGUACAAUCUCAAAGAUAUAAGCGAGAGGUCAACGAGUUAUUGAUAACUUUCAAAAUUGUUAUACCAUUUUCUGUUGAUGGGUUAUCUAAAGAAAAUGCCAGGGAUAUUAGUACAGCAAAACUUAAAAGUAUUGCUGAUGGGAUUAAACGUGAUGUUGUAAAUGGUGUUUUUAGCAGUGUUGCACCAGGGUUCACAAUAAGAAAUGACUCUGUGAAUUUUGGCUGGGAAGAAUUUGAAUGUCCAGAAGGACAGAUUUCCAACUACGCAUCAAUUUCAUGUCGUGGAUGCCCAACUGGAAUGAUGUAUAACAGAACAGUUAAAGACUGUACUUUUUGCCAUAAAGGAACUUAUCAAGAUGAAGACUUUUCUCUGUCCUGUAAAUCUUGUCCUGAAAACACUUCAACUAUCAAUGAAGGAUCUCGUAACGCAAAUAAUUGUUUAGCUAUAUGUGAUAUUGGUGAGAGUUCUCCGACUGGAUUAACGCCAUGUUCACCAUGUCAAAUAGGAUCGUAUCAAGAUACAGAAAACAGUCAAACUUGUAAGAAAUGUCCAACAGACACAUCAAGUUCAACAAGAUCAACAUCUUUAACAGACUGUAAAGGUUUUGAUGUGGUAUUAACUGGACCAAUAAAGUUAACCAGUAAGCCACUAGAAUCUGAUAUGGACAAUUUCACCCUUUCUGUUUGGUUCAAAUACAAAUCACUUAACUCUAAUUUCACUAUCAGUCUGAUAAAGGAAGAAAGUUCUACAAUUGUUGUUGACUUUGCCAAUGAUAUCACUGUUUAUAUUAAUAGUGUUGCCCUAACCUCCCUGCCAAGAAACAGUGAAUGGGCUAACUUUGUGCUAACAUGGUUGAACCUCAACAAAAGUUUAAAAGUGUAUCUUGGUGGUCAAUUAGUAUCUACAAAAACAGUGUCAUCUCUAGAAUCAGAUCUCUUGAAAAAUGCUUCAAUGGAGAUAGAGCUAACAGAGGGAAACGAAUUGACAGUCAGGCGAGUGCAGUUAAUUGAUAUUUUAUUAGAUGAUGCAACUAUUGAAAAUAGUUCUCAAACAUGUGACCCGACAACAUCUCAACAUCUGAUCUCGUUAAAUAGCUUUCGACCAGAUAAUAAAACUAAUUUAAGUAUUGACAUGCCUUCUACUUGUGAUGCUGUAGAUGAAUGUUUAUCAUCACCGUGUGGUCAACAUGUUUGUAUAAAUGAAUUAUCAGGAUUUAAAUGUAAAUGUUCUGAUGGAUAUACUGGUGAUCUAUGUAAUAUACCACCUGAUUAUUGUUUAUCAAAUGGUUGUAAUAAUGGUGCUACAUGUAACAGUAUUUCUACCAAUAAAUCAUUUACAUGUACUUGUCCUAAAGGAUACAAGGGAACACUUUGUGAUGUCACUAUUGUAAAUGGAGGAUGGGGAAAUUAUACAGAUUGGAGUGAAUGUAGUAUUACGUGUGGUGGAGGUACAUCAUCUAGACAUAGAUUAUGUGAUAAUCCUUCACCUGAUGAGGAUGGUGAACCAUGUCAAGGUGAUGAUACAGAAGUUAAACCAUGUAAUACUGAUAAAUGUCCCGAGUGUAAAGCUACAGAUUUAUCAAGAGCUUAUGGCUCCAGUGCUCGGUGUACUGGAACCAAGUCCAGACUGAAUUGUAAUAUGAUUUGCAGACCAGGAACGGUUUAUAAUGGAGAGGAAACCCCAAAUUACACCUGUAUAGAUGGAGUUUGGAGUCCAGGGAGGAAAUUAUUGCCAUGUACAGAGGUGAAAUCGUCUAGAUCCCUCCAAAUACAAACAACGGUUAACUUCCCAUCUACAGCGAUAUGCGAAAAUAGUGAGGCAUUCAAAAAUCAGAUAUCCAAUAAAGUUCGUGAAGAUACUUGUGGUGGAAGUAAUACAUGUCAAUAUGAAGUUCAAGUACCAGAAUGUAUUCCAGGAAAUAGAAGAAAACGAGAUGCUGAAACUGCUGUUACCAUUCUAUUAACCAAAGAUUUGCCAGAAGGUGAUCUCGGUCUGGCUGCUUAUCAGGCUGAUCGUACCAUUAGU